AUGUCCAAAUCAAUGUCCAAAGUAUUAGCUUCUGCCAUGGAUGUUAUGUCUACAUCUUUAUCCAAGACGUUUACACGGUCCUUAUUACAAGCUGGGAUGGUCGCGAUACCCCCUGCCUCUCAGACCUCUCAGCCAUGCCAUAAAGCACUGGCAAAAACAAAACAUGUCUCUAAAACUAUUAAGAUGGAGAGUAUACCACCUGUCACAGAUGGCACAGGUGUGAAUCCACAGCUUAAAAGAGCCCCUGACCAAGCAAAAGCGGCCAGGUUAUGGAAACAGGCUAAAACCCAGCCUGAUUCUUCUGAGUCAGAACUCAUGAGGAGGUGUAUGAUCAGGAGUCCGCUUUGGACUCAUCUGAUGAUUUAUCUGACCCUGAGUCAGACUAUGUAA